UGGGCGUUUUGGCAACAAUAUUGCAUUGUUGGCCAACCUGCUUACGAUCGUCUUUUGUACGAUAUGGCAGCGAAAGUAGUACAGCAGUUUGAUCCUCCCAGCUCAGCAAGUUCGGAAAGGUAUUGUAAUUUAUAUUGUGAGAUUAUUAUUUUUUCUUUGUCUAUGAUUUAUGUGUUUAUACACAGCAUUCUUGUAUUCUUUUUGCCCUUGGAAAUUUGAGUAGUUGUUACCGGUAGACUUGUGUUGAUACGUGCACAUGUGCAUAACCAAAAUGUCAAGGAUCACAGUCAUUGAUCACGCGGUGUAUCGAUUUCCUUUGAUAAAAUGAUCUAUAAUUUAAUUUUUGCUUGAGUUUAUAAUGCGAUGUUGGUGAUACGGAAGUCGUGGACCAAGUGUUUGUGCAGGAUGAUGCUGAGGAGGAAGAAGAAAAGGGGAGUGAUGUGUAUCCCGUGGCUGCAACUCCUCCCCCAACUUCUCCACGACCCCCAUCAACGGGUUCUCUUCAAAAAUCUCCUCGUUCAAAACGUCAACGAACUGCUUCUAUGUCUCAAUCAUCAAAGAAGGUAACAGCAGAAUCCAUUCUUCGCAGUCAUAACCGUACCAUUUACACAGCAGGCCGUCCUCCGUGGUACAAUUCUGCUGGCCAACAAGUAGAGCCAUUUGUUAUUGGUAUUUGUGGAGGAAGUGCUUCUGGAAAAACUACUGUUGCUGCCAAGAUAAUAGAAUCAUUAGAUGUUCCUUGGGUCACACUUCUCAGUAUGGACUCAUUUUAUAAGGUAUUAAAUGAAAAGCAACAUAAUCUAGCUGCUAAAAAUGAAUACAAUUUUGACCAUCCUGAUGCAUUUGAUAUUGACUUGCUGGUUGAAACUCUUCAAAGAUUGAAGGAAGGGAAGAAAGUGGAGGUUCCUAUUUAUAAUUUUGUGACUCAUUCCCGAGAAAGUAGGACAAAAACCAUGUAUGGUGCAAAUGUGAUUAUAUUUGAGGGAAUUCUUACAUUUUAUAGUGCUGCAGUAUUAAAGAUGUUAGAUAUGAAAGUGUUUGUCGACACUGAUGCUGAUAUCCGCUUGGCUCGUCGCCUUCGUCGAGAUAUCUCCCAGCGGGGCCGAGAUUUAGAAGGAGUUUUGAAACAGUACUCCACCAUGGUCAAACCGGCAUUUUAUCAUUACAUAGCUCCAACAAUGGUGCAUGCAGAUAUUAUUGUUCCCAGAGGAGGUGAAAAUGAAGUUGCAAUUGAAUUAAUUGUACAUCAUGUGCAUACUCAACUUCAGUUGCGAGGAUUUAAGUUGAGAGAAACUUUGGCUCAUUCAUACAUUGGUCAACCUCUCCCCAGCUCAGUUUAUUUGCUGCCUUCUACUCCACAGAUCAAGGGGCUGCAUACAUUCAUUCGUAACAAAGACACUCCUCGGGAUGAAUUUAUAUUUUAUUCCAAGAGACUUAUUCGACUUGAAGUUGUUGUUGAAACUCCCCAAGGUGUUCUGUAUCAUGGAAAACGUUGUGCAAGUGAGAAGAUUUGUGGUGUAUCUAUACUGCGGGCUGGUGAGACAAUGGAACAGGCUGUAUGUGAUGUGUGUAAAGAUAUUCGUAUUGGGAAAAUUCUUAUCCAGACUAAUCUGUCAACUGGAGAACCUGAGCUAUAUUACCUGCGCUUGCCAAAGGAUAUUAAAGACUACAAAGUAAUUCUUAUGGAUGCCACUGUGGCUACUGGGGCUGCAGCUAUGAUGGCUGUUAGAGUUUUACUGGAUCAUGAUGUUCCAGAAGAAAACAUCUUAUUAGUUUCUCUUCUUAUGGCAGAAUCAGGUGUACAUUCUAUAGCAUAUGCAUUCCCUGGUGUCCGCAUUGUUACAACAGCUUUAGAUCCAGAGAUAAAUGAAAAAUUUUAUGUUUUGCCUGGCAUAGGCAACUUUGGAGAUCGGUAUUUUGGGACUGAACCUUCCGAGGAAAGUUAGGUCAUUGUAUCACAUCUUGAAUGUUGUAGAUAAUAUUUUUUCUUGUACAUUCAAAGUAUGGAUGUAACUAGCACAACUUUCUUUAUAGACCAUCUCAGACUUGAACUUGAAUUUCUCUGAUAAUGGACAUUUAUACAUGCAAAUUUGGCUGCAAACUUUGAAGUUUGGAAAAUGUGAUCUUCUACUUUAUAACAUCAAAGAAUAUUUAUCAGGUUUAUUCUUGUAGGAGUCAUAGCAUGGUCUGAAGCACAAAGGAGGUUGGUGGAUAGAUAUUAUGCAGUGAAACUUUUUUUUGCAAUUAUUCUUUGCAUUUAACUUCUGUUACAAACUUGAAUCGAAAUCAUAAUAGUUAUUUGAUUGCAUUAAUUUUAUGAUUUUCGGAUAAUUUUAAUAAUAUUUUGAAAAUUAAAUGUUUUUAAUUUUUCAUGUGUAAAGUGAAGUGUGGCAAAUGUAGUUAUAUUUUAAGUGAAAGAUUGGAGAAAUAUUUCUUUAUUAGAUCCAUUAAUAAGUUUUGUAUAAUGAAUUGAUUAGGUAUUACCGAUUUGAUCCAUUACUUUAGGGAAUUGUGUUAAAAUAGUAUAUUGCAAUCUGAGGUGGUUUCAGCUUCUCUACUUUCAAAGAAGUUUCCUAAAUAAUUUUUUACUUCAAGGAGUUUUAGUUGCAUUUUGAGAAUUUGAAGUUCAUCUAUGCUGUUUUGUAUUUAGUGAGUCUAAAGUACAUUACAUUUUAUACUGAAUGAUCAUUGUCUUUAUAUUUUUGGGAAAAGGAUAAGUGAAAAUGAUAGAGUGCCCUUUUUAAUAUUAUUUAAUAAGGAUUAAUUUACAAGAAAAGGAUGUUGUACAUUAAGAGGAUGGAUUGAGGAAGAGAAAGAGUUAGAAGUUAACAUUCUAAUUUGUGACGUCAGGUCCUCUUGUUUAAUGACUCCUGCUAAAUAGCUGAUGAGAAUAAAGUAGUUGAGAUUAAAGCUAAUGAAGUUGAAACUCUGGCACAGGCUAUAAGCUUAGGUCAGUAAUUCUGCCCUAAAUAUCCUUGAUGAAUGAUCCUAGUGUUUGUAGUCUGUUGACUCCUUGUGUAGCUCAGGGAACACUAACCUUUUUUCUUUUGGGAAGUUUUUGCUAUUAGUGCAUCUUCUACAUUUGUGCUCAAUUAAUAUUAAAAUGGGAUACAGCUUGCAGAAUGUUUGUAAAUGGUUCAAUAUGGUUGUGACCAAGUAAUGGAACCGAUUAGUUUUCAUAAGAAAUGCAGUCUAUUUUUACAGUUUCAGAAUAUCUUGUCAUAAAUCAAUAAUCUGUUUAGAAAAUGUUAAACCAGCAAACUGAUUUUCUGUCAUUGAUGAUACAAAAAAUUAAUUUGUUUUUCAUUGGCAAUUUGUGACUCCUACAGUCCUUCUAAUACAAAUCUUUAUUCUUAUGCUUAUUAUCAUCAUCUGAUUGAGAUAAUUGUUAUAAAAAUUAGAAAAGUAUGAUUUUAAUGUAUUAACAUAAAUUUCUUUUGUUUUGAAUCUCGUAUAAUAAUAAUCAAGAUUAGGAAUAUGUUAUAGAUGAUUAAGACAGUUGGUUAAAUUCUUUUUCAUACAGUUCAUAUUCAAGUAAGACAAAUUGAAGUGAUGAUUUUCAGAGUAUCUCAAUGGCAGAAAGACAGAGGACCUUUGAAAUUUAAAUUAAAUAUAAUGCUACUUAGCAAUGAAAUAUGCUGUCACAAUUUAUUUUUUUAAUUCAAUGUUAUUUUGAAAGUUUCUUUCAUUUGCAUCUUAAAUAGUAACUUAUUGUUAUUUCUUUUAUUUGGUCAACUAGAAGGAAGUUUUGUAAAAUGAGGUUUCACUGCAGUAAUCUUACAGCUAUUGCUUGCUAAUCUGUCAGAAUGUUGGCUAUAUGAUUGUCUCUAGUCUGAAUUAUGUUUCCUUAAGUGAUAAUUUUGUGGGACCUGUUACAAAUACAGAAAAAAAGUGGAACGUUUGUGAGAGUGGUCGAAGGUUUGAUCUUAAAAGUCCUAUAUAAUUUAUAAUUUUUACAUAUCAUGUAAUUAUUUGAGGAAUUGUUUUUGUUGUGAAUUGAAGAUACUCCCUAUUGGGAAUAUUAAUGGCACAACCCUUUUGGUGCAGUUUUAACUGUGAUUAUUGGCAUUAGUAUUUUGAUUUGAUGAUAAUGAUGGGUGAAUUGAUGCUAAAUGGUUUAUGAUCGUAUUCAGACAUUAAUUUGAAGAUUUUGCAUUUUAUCAUCCCUGAAUUAUUUGCUCUUAUUUUUUGGGAAGAGAUACAUUACCAUAUCUAUAUGUAUAUUGUGAUGAUGUUUUGAUGUUGAGCUCUCAGAGAAGAGGUUGCUUAGGUAGUUUAUGUUUGCAGGCCUAUUAAUUUGGUGGAUUUCUUUUGAUGGGUUGUCUUCUUUGGUCACUUCAAGAUAUUAAUUUUUUUGGGGUUUGUAAUGUUACAACAUCAAAUGUUACCUUUUUGGGUUCUACGAUGUUUUUACAAUCUUGCAUGAUAAUUAGUAGAAGUCAAGAAGAGGCAUAACAUGAAAUAGAAGUAUUUUUCUUGUUUUUAAUUGCAAAUUUAACAUGCUCUGGACUGAUUUUACCAUAAAGUUGGGUAUCACUAUUAUUUAUAAAAUCUUCCUUGAAAUAACUUUCCAAAAGUACUUGGGAGCUAUAUUGUUCUGAAGGCCUACAGAUGGUGUGGAAAAUAAUUUAGAUACUAUUCAAUAUAUUUCUAAAUUCUGUAACACAAAAUUAAGAUAUUGGUUUUCAAAAUAUUAUGAAAAAGGCCUAUUUUAUAUGAAACUCAUAGUGGACUUAUUUCUUUUAUCUUCAUUGUACAGCUUUGGUAAUGGAAAAUAUUAAAAUGUUGUUAAAUAUUGUUAUGACAUAAAUAUUUCUUGUAAAUUUGUCUCAAAAAAUUGAAUUUCUCUCUCUCUUUAUUGUGAAUCAUUUAUAGGAAGUAGUUUGGCCCUUGAAAUGGUUUAUGAGAUUUGAAAUUCUAUUUUUAUUUCUUAAUCAGUACUUUCUGUGAGCAGAUUAAAACAAAUAAAUAAACUUUUGUUCUAAAUGUCUACAGAAAGGAGUGUAAAGAAUAGAUUUUGAAAAGACAAUCUGGACUAAAACAUUUCAAAUUUCAAUUGAAAGUUGUCUUUAAUCACUAAUAUUCUUUAAUUGUACAAGCUAUUAACUACAAGUUUCUAGUAGCAUUUGAUGCUUAUUCUUGACUUAUUUGGAAGAAACGAUAUAUUUGUCUUUAAAGCCUUUGUGGAAUGGGGAAACAACCUCGCUCUGAGUUCUUAUACUAUUACUGUAACAUGAAUGAUAGCCACUGUGAAAUGUCUGUAGUGUCAACAGUAUUUCAAUUGUCUCUGUAAUAAACUUCAAAUUGUGUGGUUAAACUUCAAUGUCUACAUUGAAGCCUUGUCUACUUGAAUACCAAUGAUUUCGAAUGCAGUAAAGUUGUCAGAACCAAAUAUUUUAGUGGUGUUUAGGGAAGGUGAAGAAAGACCUCUUUUUUGUCUUCAUUUUUGGAUUUUCCUAGUUCAUUGUGAACAUUGAAUCUCUGCCUGUUAAAUUUAAUUUAUAAACAAAACAUCAAAAUGAAUAUUACAGAAUAGUUGUAAUGCUGAUGAAGUUACAAGUCAAUGGACAUUAAUAUGUUUGAGAAUUGAAACUGUAACAAAUAACAUUACAUCAAUGGAAGUGAAUGAUUCACACACUAGUUACCAUUUCAAGAUAGGGACUUUGCAAAAUUCGUUAAAUGAUGGUUUUUAAUAUUUUGAUUUAAAUGAACUUAGACUUUGUUGUGCUUUCAGUACUCAAAUAAUGGUUUCUUUUUUAUGAAAUUGCUCGUUCAUCAAGAAUUUGCAAUCUGUUAUACUAUGCUUUCAGCAUCUUGUUCAUUGAAGAAAAUUAGAGUAACCAUCAAGUUGUUGCAUGUCCUGGACAUUCUAUGGUUAUUAAUUGAAGUUGGUUUAAAAAAUCUACUUCAAAAUACCAUCAAAUGAAUUAUGUUGAAAAUGAAAUUAAAUGAUAUAAAUAGCAUAUGCUCUUUUCAUAGCUGCUAGGAAAAAUCUGAAAUUUGUUGAUUUCUGAAAAUCACUAGAUUGUUUGAAGAUUCUGGAAUAUCAUUCUGUUGCAUUUGCUAGUCAGAUCAGAAUUGCAGGGGAUUUGAUAAAUAUGUUAUCUGUUAUCUCUCAUAGUUGAAUUCAUAUUGACAACUGUGAUGGCAGGUCCACACAAUCGCUUUAAAAAAUUAUGGAUGGGGCUGGCCCUUCUUGUAGAAGCCAUUUUGGUGUCAAUUAUCUGUAAUUAAUGAUAACUGUUUUCAGUUAUUUUACCAUAAAAAAUGUCAACAUGUUCUGCAAUGUUAACUUGACCAAAAGUUAGUAUAAGUGUAAUUUACUUUACUUUAAUUUUUUUCCUUGUGGUGUUUUAAACCACAAGUAUCACUUUACAAGUAAAGAUGAAGAAUAGAAUAAGAAUACUGUUUAUUUGGUACAUUUUUUUUAAGUUUAACAUUUUUUCCAUCACUGAGAUUUGUUUUGUGUUAUGGCCAGUAGCAAUUCUAGUUACACUGCUUAUAUGAAGAGUAAGGGGAAAAAGCAUAAUUGGUUAUGGUAAUGCUACAUAUUACUUACCCUGUGUUUAUAAAACUGCAUUAUGUGCAUGCAUUGAAGAAAGUAAGAUAAGCUAUAUGUUAAAAAUGUUUAGCUUAAAUUAAAUUGUAACAUUCAAACACAAGCCACACUGUAUGUAAAGAAUAAUAUUGGGCAGAGAGUCUUUGCUUUUGCAAGUAACUUGUUUUCAUGUUCUAUUUGAGAGGUAGCUGUGGUGGUUUGUGUGUUUCAAUUUAGGGUGCAACCUAUUUGUUUAAAUGUAGGACAAGUUUUUUGGGGUAUUUCUGUCUAGUCCAGAAAGCCAGUUAUUGUUGUAUUUGUAUGAUUUUUCUUAGCAUCGAAUGUUAAUUUAAAACCUUUGUAAAUUAGUUCUUGCAGUGGGCGUUACAUGGGAAUGGAAGUACUUUUUCAUAAAGUUUGUGAUCAGAUAAUUUUGAUUUAAUUUAGGUACAUUAGUAAUUCUAAAUGUAGUAGGUCAUAGACAUUUUUUGUUUUUAGUUUUACUGUUCUAGUUCCUAUUUAAUUUUAAUAUGUUGCUCUGAAGAAGAGUUAAAGAAAACUAAAAUGUUAUUGUAUAAGUAUUUGUUUUGAAAGUGCUUACAUGAUAUUGGUUCUUGAAGCUAUGUGUAAAUUAUGGUAAAGAACUCUUGCCUUUCAUAGCUCAGAAUGUAUUGGAUAAUAAAUCAAAUAUGAUCAAAAGGCUAUUUUAAGAAGUCAAAUUGCAAAGAAGUUGUAAGAAUAAAAUUUGUAAUAAUAUGCUAUAAGAAUCAAUGUACACAACUGACAUUCCCAGAAUAUGUGGGUUUGAAUUUUGCUUUGUGUAGAUGAAUAAAUUAUCCAAAAAAUUAUUGUUGUCAAUCUCCAAGUGCUUUCAUUUUAAAGGAACAAGUAAAUUAUUAGAAAAAAAGAUGACUAAUAGAAAAUUGAGAAUGUAUGUGAUGUUUACUGAAUUUUUAUUGAAUACAAACAACAACAACAAAAAAAGUAUUUGAUGAAAAGUGUAUGUAUGUCAAAUUUGUGCUUGUUUGUGUAUGUAGUGUGUUCUAUUAACUAUUUUUUAUGUCUUUUGGGAGUAAUAAUACAUUACAUUUAGACAUGUUAAACAUUUGUUUCCAUGAGAGAGAUGUUGGGUGUUCUUGUUUCCUUGCAGUGAUUUAUGCAUCUUAGAGUUCUCUUUCUAUUUAUAUAUUUGUACAAUUUGUUUUGCCUUUUUGUAAACAUUUCUUGAAUACAAGUGUAUUUCACAGUAUUGCUCUGUAAAAUUAUACAAAAUAAAGUUCAUU